AAGCUAUACAAAAUUUAGCAAGAACUAAUAUUGCACAUCUUGAACUAAAAAAAAACCAUGUUCAAAUCAAAACUAUGAAAGAAAUUACAAAUUAUUUUCAUUGGCAAUGGCCAAUUAAAGAUGAUUUGGCAGGAUUUAUAAAAGCUCAGAUGCUUCCUAAUAUUGAAGAAUAG